UUAGCAUGAGUGCAUGUUUACAUUUAAUUAAAUGUCAGAAAUGAAACGAUAAAUAACAAAUUGACUGUUUUAGCAUACGUAUUUAAUCAUUAAUAUAUAUUAUUAUAAUAAAUAUUGAUAAAGAGAAUGGUUGACACGUGGAAAAUUAUAAAAAAAGAAUUAACUACACAAUUUUAUUCUGUAAAUGACACCUGGUUAAGAGACUGUGUUGAUUAUUACCAAUCUGAGCACAGCGAUGCAACAAACGCUGAAAUAUUAGCAUUUGUAAUAUCUCAGUGGCAGUUAAGUGACUUGAGGGAAAUAAAUAACGAAAAUGGAUGUUUACCUAAAAAUUUGAGUCAACAAAAACUUACUACUUUGUCAGGAACAUAUAUAUUACAAAUUGAAAAAGGAUACGAUAUAUCAACAUCGAAAUAUAAACAAUUAGAAAAAAUUCGAAAUGCAACUAAUGAAAAUACUCAAGUUAAUGAAACUGAUAAAAAUGCUCCUUGGGAACCAAAAGGAAAACGGAUGAUGAACUUAUAUUUAACUGAUGGGAUUCAGGAUGUUACAGCUAUCGAAUAUCAACCAAUUAAAUUCUUAAAAGAUCUAAUAUUACCUGGUUUAAAAAUAAUGAUUAAAGGACCAGUUACUUGUAGAAGAGGUGUGUUUUUAUUGCAUGAAAAAAACUGCUGUGAAAUCGGAGGAGAAGUAGAAAAUUUAUUGAUCAAGAAUGCAACAGAAAAUGUUUUAGCUAGAGCUCUAGAUCUUGUUGAAAAUCCUGAUCCUUAUCAAGAUAAUAUUGCUACUGAUGAAGAUAAAAAACAUAAGGAGGAAUUUGAUGAUGAAUUCAUGGAUAUUGACUUAGACGAGCUAGAUAAAAUCGAAAAUGUUGAUAACAAUAAAAAACCCACUAAUAAAAACAUCAGUAUGACAAGUAAAGAUAAAAAACGUGAUAGUAUGAUGCUCAAUAGUCUUCCAGUAUGCUUUGAUUCAAUACCAGAAAAAAAAACCGAAAUAGAUGAAGAUGAUGAGCUAAUUCAGAUGAUUGAUGAGACCAAUUUUACUGUAAUUGAUCAAGAUAGGGAAAAUGAUCAAUUAGAUGAUAAAAUUACAGAACAAAAUGAUGAGGAAAUAAUGGAUGAUUUUAAUUUUGAUCCAGAUUUUCCAAUUGAAUUAGAAAUGGAAGAUUUCGAAAUUGCUUCAGCAAUGAAAGAAAAAUGUAAUUAUUCAAACAAUACAAAUAAUGAUCGGGAAGUAAUGCCAAAAAAGACUACCCCUAAUGCAUUAUCAAAUUCUAACACAUUCUCUAAAGACAAAAUUACUCAAGCAUUAAAUACUGUUAAGAAAGCAAGUGAAACAAAUGUAAAACCAACAGCAGUUUUUUCUCAUAAUGAUAGAAAGGCUACAAAUGCACCCAAUUCAUCAUCAGGUUCAUUGAACAAUAAACUACCAAUAGCAAAACCAACUUUUGUUCAAAAUACACCAUCACCAGCGAAGACUCCUAAAUCUGUACGUAAACCGGAAUCUUCCAAAUUUGAUUCCGGAAAUAAUCAAAAAAUUACCGCUUUUAUUACAAAGACUGAUACACCAGAUAAGCCAAGUUCUCAACCAUUGCAAAAAAAAUACGACUCUAUAAAAGACAUUCUAAAACUUAUGCCAGUUGAUAAGUCGAUAAUCAAAAUAAUAAAAGGAACAGUUAAAUCAAUGAAAAAACUUGAAAAAAAAGAACAAAAUUGGUAUUUAGAAGGAACUAUCUCCGAUGAUAGCGGAAGUAUUGACAUCUGCUUUUCUUCUCAGGUACUAGAGAAAAUAGUUGGAUUAUCAGUUAUAGAAUUUUCUAGACGAAAGAAAUUAAUUAAGACUGAUCCAGGAGUUGAACAAGAAUUGAGAACGGCAUUACGUAAAGCUGAAGCAACGAUUAGUAAAUUGGAUGGUUUAUUGCAUCUUGAGUUAUUACCCAAUGGAUCAAAAGCAAGAAUCGUUCAGAUUCCGUAAUCUCACUUAAAAUAAUAAAGUUCAACAAAGUAUUCAUGUAAAGUAAAAAAUAUUUUUAUCCAAUAAAUACAUUAUUUCAUGAAAAAA